CAUGAAACUGUAGACUUCGAAAGACCCUACGAGAUUUUGAGGAGGUAGGGAGCUAAAAACGGACAAACGUAAAGCAUGGAACGGUGAGAGUGUAUGAAACCAGACAAGACGUUGCUUUUUCUUAAUCCAUAAAAAAAACAGUGUAAGUGUACGGUUAACGAUGAUGUCAGAAUGUGAUCCAAACGAGAACGAACCGGAGAUGAACGCAGUGGAAUUAGCGACUAAGCCUAACUUUCACUCAGCAGAGGUGCCGUCGGUGUUGUUCGACAGAAAUCAAAUCGGACAGACACUUGGGCUAACCUUGAAUCCAGGAGGUGCGGUGCGGAUUUCGGACUCCAGUGAAAGUGUGCUUACCGAGCUUGAAGCUGAGGGGUCAGGUGAAGAGGCACUUUUGUUACCAGGUCCGGCCGGAAAUGUAUCACCUCGGGGAAGUAAAGACAAGCGCUCGAGACGGAACAGGCACAGUUCUUCGUCAGAUAAAGAGAAUUUAGCAUCACCAGGUAACAGCAGUGGAGACUUUAACCAUUUUCCGGAGGACCCGGCGUUUGGAGAGAUAGUCCAGAGAGCGGAGCAGGCGAUUGAGAACGGGGUUUUCCCUGAGAGGAUCUCGCAGGGCUCCAGUGGCAGUUACUUUGUGAAGGAUCCUAAAGGGAAAAUCAUUGGUGUGUUUAAACCAAAAUCCGAGGAGCCUUACGGACACCUGAAUCCCAAAUGGACCAAAUACUUUCACAAAGUCUGCUGUCCCUGUUGUUUUGGCAGGGGCUGCCUCAUCCCCAACCAGGGUUAUCUCUCAGAGGCAGCAGCCUCCCUCGUGGACCAAAAACUGGGCCUGGAAAUAGUGCCCAAAACCAAGGUGGUGUCUCUGGCCAGUGAGACGUUUCACUACAGUGCAAUAGAUCGAGCCAAGUCCAGGGGCAAGAAAUACGCUCUCGAGAAGGUGCCCAAAGUCGGCCGGCGCUUUCAUCGAGUUGGUUUGCCUCCUAAGGUGGGCUCUUUCCAGCUGUUUGUUGAGGGCUACCAAGAGGCAGACUACUGGCUGAGAAAGUUUGAAGCAGACCCUUUACCUGAGAACAUGCGCAAACAGCUUCAGUCCCAGUUUGAGAGACUGGUGGUGUUGGAUUACGUCAUCAGGAACACUGACCGAGGAAAUGAUAACUGGUUGAUCAAGUAUGAGAAGGCAUUGGACAGCGAGGUGUCAGAGAGGGACUCUGAAUGGGCCGCCACUAAAGACUCUGCCAUUAAGAUCGCAGCCAUAGACAAUGGCCUGGCCUUCCCCUUCAAACACCCCGAUGAGUGGAGAGCAUAUCCGUUCCACUGGGCGUGGCUGCCCCAGGCCAAAGUGCCUUUCUCUCAGGAGACCAGAGACCUUGUGCUGCCACGGAUCUCAGACAUGAACUUUGUUCAGGACCUCUGUGAAGACCUCUACGAGAUGUUCAAGGCGGAUAAAGGAUUUGACAAAACUAUGUUUGAAAAGCAGAUGUCUGUCAUGAGAGGACAGAUUUUGAACUUGACCCAGGCUCUGAAGGACGGGAAGAGUCCCAUUCAGCUGGUACAGAUGCCCAGGGUGGUGGUGGAGCGCAGUCGCAGUGGGCAGGGCCGCGUGGUGCAGCUGGGUAACGCGUUCACUCAGACCUUCCACUGCAAGAGACCCUUCUUCUCCUCCUGGUAACGAUGCCAGACACCCCUCUUCUCCCCCUGGUAACGAUGCCAGACACCCCUCUUCUCCCCCUGGUAACGAUGCCAGACACCCCUCUUCUCCUCCUGGUAACGAUGCCACACACCCUCCCUCUCCUCCUGGUAAUGAUGCCAGACACCCUCCCUCUCAUCCUGGUAAGUGCAGUGGUGAGUGGAGGAGUACAAUGAGGGGGAUUGGAGGAGGAACCCAAAUGCCAUCUCUGAAUCUAUCUUGUGAGUUGUUUCUGAGAUGUUUGAUGCAGUUCUGGAACUUCUGGACAGUUCUGGAACUUUUGGACAGUUCCGGUGAACCUCCAGUGAUUCUUAGAAGAGUUUACAGGAAAUGUUCAUGGAGAAACCACUUCGGAAUGCUAAAACAAACGUUUAGGGAACAGAUGGACUGUGUUUUUGGGGGGUCUGGGUGUCACUUUGAUUGAGAAACUGAGCCUUUUCUCAGAGUUCUCCUCUGCUGUUGGUAUUGAAUAAGACGUUGAUAAAAAUAUGAAGGGAAUCCAGUGUGUAGCAGAGUUUAAGGUGUGGCUACAGCCAUGCUCAACUGCCAAAUUGUUUUUUUUUUUCAUCAAGUGAGGAAUGAUAAAUAUUAAAUUAAAACUUGAAAAAAAUGUAUUGCUUGAAUGUACUUUGCAAGUUUACAUUUUACACUUCACCUGCAGACAUUUCAGUACCAGUGUAUGGAGAGUCUGGUUUUCUCAUACAUGGAAUGUAUUUACUGAUCAUUAUGUAUUUAAAUGCUGGUUAAAGUAUGUUCUAUUCUAUAAAACGCAAAGCAGAAUUGCUACAAAACAGUUCUUAGAGAUUUUUUUGUUUUUUUUUUCUUUAGGUUUUUCUUUUUUGUUGUUGUUUGUUAUUUUUCUGUCUUGUGGUUCUUUGUAUGCAUCCUGGACAUUAUACCUACCGAAUGACCGGUGAUGUACACCUGUACAUAUGAAGUGAUGAAUCAAAAUAAAACUUGGAUUGAUUAA